AUGUCGUCUCCAAGCUCAGUGUCGCAGAGCGCCGGGAAGAGAAAGCGCAACAACACAGCCGGCGCCAUGAACAUCCAGCAAGGACAGGUUGCCCAGCCCGAGUCCCGGGACGCUUCGGCCGAGGAGGGCGACACCACAGCCCCCGAAUCCGCCCGAGCUGCCAGUGCGGCCACCGCCGGACACCCGCCCAGCAAACGCCUGCGUGGGAACCCGGACUCGGCCUCCGCACCGACAACAACAGACGCCCAGGCGGUUGACCCCGGCGAGCCUAGCGACACCACCGAAGCGAGCGCCGACAUUGCUGAGCGUGUUACUCGCAAGGGAACCCGGAAGAGCGUUGUGUCAAAGGAGGUCAGCAAUGGAAGCACCACUUCAUUCGACAAGCCGGACGAGUCCAUGGCCCCUCCUCCAAUUGGCACCCUCACCCAUCCCGUGGGUUACAGAACAAACGAUCCCCCCACAGGCCGGCCGCUCGAGCAAGCAAAGAAGGCUUUCCCCGAGGUAUACUUGAUUGUGGGCGUUACUGGCGAUGAGGACACCCACCGACGCAAGGGUCUGACAGUUCUCUCUGGCAAGGAGCGGGCGGAGACAGUCAGACAUUGCAAGUGGGUGGACGAGGUGGUCGAAAGCUGUCCUUGGAUCGUCACUCCCGAGUUCCUUGAGAAGCACAAGAUUGACUAUGUUGCUCACGACGACAUUCCAUAUGGCGCCGAUGAGGGUGAUGACAUCUACGCCCCAAUCAAGGCGGCAGGAAAGUUCUUGGUGACGCAACGAACGGAGGGUGUGAGCACCACGGGUAUUAUCACCAAAAAAUACAUUGCCCGCCAAUUCAAGCGUGGAACUACCCGCCAAGAGCUCAACGUCAGUUGGCUCAAGAAGAACGAGCUCGAACUGAAGCGCCAUGUCCAGGAUCUGCGUGACAAUAUCCGCAGUAACUGGGCCACGACGGGACAGGAGCUCAGCAGGGAGUUGCGUCAGUUCUGGCCGUCUAGUCGUCCUCAGAGCCCAGCAAGAUACGGACCCAUGGCGAACAAUGGUAACGACACGCCCAGUAGCCCAUCGGGUCCUCCGUCGUUCACGGGGUACUUUAGCGGCCCGAGGAGUCCCGGCGCCACUACUACUGCUGGAGAACGGGCUACCAGCAAUGUGAACGACUUUGUGACUGGUUAUACUCUUGGUUUGAUCGGUGGUGUGAGGUCUUGGGUACGUACAUCUCUCGCUCUUUACCGCUUUUCCGACGCACUGCUAACCUGCGUGGUUUAG